ACUAUGUCACCCAACGUUAGUACUACCUCUUUUCUACUGACUGGGUUUCCAGGUCUGGAGAAAUUCCAUCCUUGGAUUUCCAUUUCCUUCUUUGUCAUCUAUGCCUCUAUACUCUUUGGCAACGGUACUCUCCUCUUCCUUAUCAGAGAAGACAGCACUCUUCAUGAACCCAUGUACUGCUUUCUGGCUAUACUGGCAGCCACAGACCUUGGAGUGACUUUGACAACAAUGCCCACUGUACUUGGUGUUCUGUGGCUGGAUCAUAGGCAUAUAAGCCAUGGAGCCUGCUUCUUCCAGGCCUAUCUAAUCCACUCACUUUCUGUCGUGGAGUCUGGAGUCUUGCUCGUCAUGGCCUAUGACCGUUUCAUUGCCAUCUGUAAUCCUCUGAGAUAUGCCUCCAUUCUCACCAAUGCUAAGGUGGUGAAGAUAGGUCUGGGAGUUCUAAUGAGGGGAUUUAUACUAAUCGUGCCCAUAAUCAUCACCCUCUCUGGAUUCCCCUACUGCAGAUCCCAUGUCCUCUCCCAUGCCUUCUGCCUGCACCAGGAUGUAAUCAAGUUGGCUUGUGCUGACAUCACCUUCAAUAGACUUUAUCCAAUAGCCCUGGUCUCCGUAACUGGUUUCUUGGACUCUAUGCUUAUCCUUAUUUCUUACAUCUUGAUCCUUAAGACUGUUAUGGGAAUUGCUUCAGGCAAAGAGCAGGCUAAGGCUCUAAAUACUUGUGUUUCUCACAUUAGCUGUGUUCUGGUUUUUUACGUCACUGUGAUUGGACUUACGCUCAUUCAUCGAUCUGGGAAAUAUGUGCCACGUAUAGUUCACAUUAUCAUGAGCUAUGUCUACUUCCUCUUCCCCCCGUUUGUGAAUCCAAUAAUUUAUAGUAUUAAGACCAAGCAGAUACAAGAUGGUAUCCACCAUCUUCUGCGUUUCCAUAGAAUUUGA